AUGGUGUCCGAAGAUAAUGAUAACUACAGCUACUAUCAGGCAUAUGUUGAUUCAGAAGAGGAGGAAGGAAAAAGAGGUGAAUCUGUAUCCAAUGAAGAGCUGAAUAAAGACCUUUCUGCUAAUGAUAUAGUAGAAGAGUAUGAUAAUUCCUCGGAAAUUACAAGACCGUUGUCUGUAGAGGAGGGAGAUACUCCUCAAAAAACAGACCCCAUAAAUGAUUAUAUGAGUGAGUUGCAGGCUGAUCUCAAAAAUGCUCUUACCUUCGAUGAGAAGGCUAGCGAGGAGAAGGAGGAAGUGGGUGAACGGGGCGCAAUGGAGACGAAGCCAGAACAAAAUGCGUCACUUGAGGCCGGCAUCAAACUUCAAGAGAAGAGUGAUGAUGAUCCAGAGGAACAGGCAGGUACUCUCUUGAACUCAGAGACUACUGAACCAUAUGAAUUCGUUCCUCCAUUUGCAGGUAAACAUAUCAGUACAAGUGUCAGUUUGGAGGAUUCGUUAUGGAGGGGAGACAAUGGUAAUGAUGGCACUGAGGGUGAUGAUGAUGAUGGCACUGAUGUUGAGGAUGAUGGUGAUGAUGAUCAAUACUCUUUCUUCCCAAAUGACGACACAGGAAGUGUACUUAAUAAGAACCUAACAAACGAUUCUACAGGUUCGUUGUCAACAGGCAAUUUUUCUUCGUCUAUGAUAAUUGCAGAUGAGGGAAGUAACGUUAGUCAGGACGAUUUCAGAAGCAAAUUUAUCAGAAUGAACACGAGGGAUACUAUGAGAACCAUCAAUACUUCAUCUUCCAACAUGACUAAGGAUGCAGAGAACUAUGUAGGCUCGCCUUUGGUGACAGUUGGAGAAGCAGAAAAAGAGAUAAAAGAAGAAGAAGAAGAAGAAGAAAAGGAGGGUGAAAUUUUGGAUACUCUUCCAGAGAACGAAGAGUAUGAUACUAGUUCGACAACGGUAACGACGAACCGGAAUUCAAAUAAUACGGCCGGUGACAGUACGCGAAAUUCUGCUCUAACAAAGGAUUCUACUCUGACUUGGGAGUCUCCUGAUAGUCACGGCAAUAGUUUUGGAUCCAAACAAACAACAGCAUCUGCUGACUAUUCAAACUGGGAGAUACCAUCAGUACCCAAUGUAGACCAGAAAGCAAUUUUCUCUUUACCCACUGUUUCGGCGAGAUUGCAGGCCUUAAGAGAGAAACGGCAAGAGCUAGCUGAGUUUGAUUCUGGGUUGGAGGCUUUCUUGAAAGAGACAGUGAAAAAGGGUACCAAAACUAUGCUCCAUGGUGGAGAUCGACAGCUUGGACCGCAUGUCAAAGCUGCUUACGCCAAUGCACGGUUGAAUCAUCAUCAUUUAUCAGCUUCAACAGUGACAACGGAAUUCGCUAGCGAUAUCAUACGAACGUCAUCGGUGAUCAGGGAAAAGGGUAAGAACUUCUUUAAAAAGAUGCACUUAAAAACGGUAGGACAGCAUUAA